AUGCUGGCUUCUCUCGUCUUGUUUCUCGCUCUGGGGCUUCAGCAGUGCUGGGCGCAGAACUCGAGGUCCUGCCCUGCUGUGACCCAGCAUCUGACCGAUCCUCCUUACGACAAUUACUUCUACUCCAAUUGCAACAGUGACAGUCAGGUUGUCGUCACUAGUCCAUUGCCAGACUCGAACUUGACCAUCAUCGGCCCUCGAUUCAUUGUUGCUUGGCCUGCUGGUGCCAGCGGGAUCUGCACCUUCUUCCAGCCCCAGAACGGACCAAAUGGAUCUCUUGCCAUUGAGCUUGUCAAUUCCACACUUGGGAGCCCACUAGGACCGGUAUAUAGGACUAGCUCAAAUUCGGACAACUCAUUUGUCGGAGUCCAAGGGGUGCUCGCAUUCAACAGCUCUGCUACCUUGACCGUUCCGAUUCUGGGAAGUAUACGAACCAUACGGGAUUUCACGGAAGGGCCGAGCCUUCUUCGUCCAGUAAUUCAGGAUGCUGUGAAUAUUACAAGAUCAAACGGAACCGGUGCGACUAUUUCACGGCUUUGGCUUGACAAUGUCACCACCACGAGCUUCACUUUGGUGCCGUAUCAGAACCCAGGCUCCAACAUUACAAUCAAUCAGCGGAACAAGACCGUAAGCUUCGGGGCCGGGUUUUACGCCUUUUCCGCCAGCUUCAACUACCCGCAGUUGACUCAGCUGCCACCAAGCCAAGUACUGAAUUCCGCCUCACAGAAUCUGAUCGACCAGCGACCGGACCAAACCACUUCUCUUUCUUUCCUCUCCUACACCGAGAAGCUGCUCGCUGGAGCAUGGAGGUUCCUCACGUACUUUGGUAGGGACAGCAUGAUCAGCGCCCUGCUACUUGAACCGGUGCUCAGUCAAGGCAACGGUUCGGCCACUGAAGCUGUCAUUGGAGCUGUCCUUGAACGACUCAACCGGAGCGACGGGUCUGUAUGCCACGAGGAGACGAUCGGAGACUACGCGACGUACCUUAACUUGGAGAACAACAUCACCAGCACGUCACCCGGCUUCACCUAUCCCAUGAUCGAUACCGACUAUUAUCUCACUGUGCUGAUGGCGCAAUACUUCAACACCAGUCCUUCUCGUGUGGGACCCCUCCUCAACCGAAGCGCCGGCUCGAUUGACGUUCAGAAUCGCAACCUGACAUACCAGGCUCUCGCGCUCAUCAAUGCUCAGAAGAUCAUGAACAUCACAGCUGCGUUCGCCCAGAAUCAGAUAGCGGCCAACCUCAUCCAUCUCAAGCCCGACGAGAUCGUGGGACAAUGGCGAGACUCGACAUAUGGUCUCGGCGGAGGACGCAUUCCAUUCGACGUGAACACCGCCCUUGUGCCAGCUGCUCUCAGGGCAAUAGGUCAACUGGCACGCACUCCAGGCGUCUUCCCAAACAGUACCAGUACCUCUUCUUGGCGUACCUUAGCCGACAGGCGUGCGCAAAUCUGGGAAGAAAACGCGCUCCAGUUCUUCGAGACGAACAUCACGGCCUCGACUGCUCGUUCCCGCCUCCAGAACUUCGCUAACACCGCCACCUUCUACGACGGGCCGGCAAACGCAUCCUCGCUCCCUUCUUCAGGCAACAUAACGACAUACGCGAUUGCACUCAACGGGUACAACAACCUGUCGUCCGUGAAUGUCCAACACAGCGACACUGGGUUCCGCUUGUUCUUCGUCAAUGCCUCUGCCUCGACCCCCGAGGCGGCGGCGCAGGAGACCCGCUUCAUCAACGCCACAGCCAACAGCUUGAUCCGCUCGUUCCCAGCCGGUCUCAUGACCCCACAAAGCAUCAUCGUCGCCAACCCGGCCCUCUCCGGCUCCGACGUGCUGAUUGCCAACUUCACAAAUGCCGCGUACCAUGGCUGCGUGAUCUGGUCGUUCCAGCUGUCCAUGAUGGCCAAGGGGUUGGAGAGGCAGCUUGCGAGAUGCGACAGCACGAAUACCACCAGUGCCGCAAGUGCCACACCGGCAUGGUGCAGCGACUCCUCCGUCUACAACAACGUCUUACUCGCGUACAACACUCUCUGGGACAGCAUCGAGGCCAACUCGGCGCAGCUGCAGGGUGAGGUAUGGAGCUGGAGGUACAACAACAGGACCGGCAACUUUACGACCCUGCCGCUGGGUGUUCUGCCUCCCCCACCAGGCGUGAGUGCCGGGACGGAAAGCGACAUCCGGCAGCUUUGGAGUCUGACGUUCUUGGCUGUGACGAGGAACCAGAACUUGACGGUCGUGUGA